AUGGCUCAAGCAUCAUCGUUCAAACCAUCCAUACACUAUCAAGCGUGCAAUACAAUUACUGAUAAUGAAUCAUCACAGAUUGCAUCUAUAAAAACAUCUGAAUACGGAAAUGCAACUAGUCCUGAUCAUGAUCUCACUGAAAUAACGGUCACAUCAACAACAAAUAAAAACACAUCGUUGACAUUAUCUUCACCCAACCAUCAGCAAUCAAACAUUCCUACGUCUGGCCAUGUCUCGUCAUCAACGGAUUCGGCAACUGUUGUUAAAAACCAAUCGCCAUCAUCUCCGGCGCGCAAUACACUUGGCAGUUCUUUAUCGAUUCAAUCUCAGUAUCGUCCAUCGAUCAAUUCGUUGUAUCCAUCCAGUCAUCGUCCAUCAGUGUUCGGAGCACUUUCAACAACAUUAACAGCUGUACGAAAAAGUUCCGUAUCUGCCUAUCCGAGAUUUUCAACUGACCAUGGAAAUCUCUUUUCGGGUUACCAAGGCGAUUACAUUCGUCACUCACGGCAAUUACGUAAAGCUCGUAAGCAAGAUAUCAAAGCUCGCUUUGAAAAAUUCGAUUUGAAUCCUCCGGCAACACGUCAUACACGUUUUACAUUCAUAUUCGACCCGAGUGGACGUCUAUCGUACUAUUGGACAUCCAUUAUUAGUCUGGCAUUUCUCUAUAAUUUCUGGAUAAUUAUUUUUCGUUAUUCUUUUCAUGAGUUAACAUCGGAGAAUUUCGUAAUUUGGUUUAUUUUCGAUUAUUUAUGUGAUUUUAUUUAUUUGAUGGAUAUUAUGUUCAACUUUCGGACAGCAUAUCUCGAAGAAGGAGUCCUUCAAACAGAUCCGAUUAAAUUACGACACUAUUAUAUGAAUACAACACGAUUUUAUAUCGAUUGUCUUUGUUUGAUGCCAUUAGAUUUUCUUUAUUUGUCGUUUGGAUUUCGAUCGAUCGUGCGAUGUUUUCGUCUCGUGAAAAUCUAUCGUUUCUGGACGUUUUUGGAUCGAACCGAACGACAUACGAAUUAUCCGAACCUGUUCCGUACCGUUGUUAUGAUACAUUACCUUCUAGCGAUAUUUCAUUGGAAUGCGUGUUUAAUUUACAUCUUACAUAAACGAUCAAAAUUAGAUUUAACGAAACAUUUCGCCUUCUCAGUAGAUAAUAGUGGAUUUAACUAUUUCAAAGCUUUAUACUGGUCUAUAACAACGCUGACAUUGACACAGAAUGAAGAGACGAAACCGGUUUCGAAAGAAGAUUAUAUUUUUCUAAGUUUUCAAAUUGUUUUUGCACUGUUAUUGUUCGCCACCAUCAUGGGGCAUGUCGCGUCGAUCGUUUCGAAUUUGGGCAAUGCAAGAAAAGAUUUUCAAGCGAAAUUAGACGCGGUGAAGACUUACAUGUCCUUGCGACGUGUACCAAACAAUCUCGAAGAUCGUGUGAUCCGAUGGUUUGAUUAUCUAUGGAUGAGUCAUAAAUCUGUCGAUGAUAAUCAUGUACUUUCAUUACUCCCGUAUAAACUGCGUGCUGAAAUUGCAAUUCACGUGCAUUUAGAUACACUGAAACGAGUUGAAAUUUUUCAAAAUACCGAAGCCGGAUUUCUGAAUGAACUAGUCUUACGCCUUAAACCUGUUCUUUUCUCACCGGAUGAUUUCAUUUGUCGGAAAGGUGAAGUCGGAAAAGAAAUGUACAUCGUUAAUCGUGGUAAAUUGCAUGUUAUGGCUGAUAAUAAUAAGACGGUCCUAGCAACAUUAAAAGCUGGAUCAUAUUUUGGUGAAAUAAGUAUUUUGAAUAUGGGUAGUGGAAAUCGUCGAACAGCGUCUGUGCGAUCUGUUGGCUAUUCGGAUCUAUUUUGUCUUUCAAAAGAAGAUUUAUGGGAAGUUUUGAAAGAGUACCCAGCUGUACGUGUCAAACUUGAAUCGAUCGCUGUCAAGCGUCUAGAAAAACAUAAGAAACCACUGAUACAACUAAUUAAUCUCAAACGUAGUAAAAGUUCACCAGGCCUACUUGAGCCUAGCUGUCGUGUUCCUUAUCAUGUAUCUGUUCGGCGAUUGGGUAGUGGCACACCUCGUCUAUCAUCCAUCAAAGAAUCCGAUUUGAAAAUUACUUUGCAAAGAAAUGCUCCACUUGCCUCGUCGAUUAGUUUCGCAUCAUCGUUGAAUUCGGGUCCAGUUCUCACGAAUGAAAUCGAACAAUUGAAAAAGUACUUAGCCGAUCUGGAACAAGAAAACCUCUCGACGAAUUCCGUUCUUAAACAGAAAUAUCUCGACAUUCAAAAUCGCCUGCGAAUUCUUCAGAGCAAACAGCAAGACAAAUGA